UAUGUUUACAUUUUAUACUUGGAUUGCAAGCUUUGUGUUUAAACAUUGUUUAUUCAUACGAUGAAUUUGAAUAGAAAUUCUGACUGAAUGGAUAGAAUAUGAAAAAAAAUGUUAUGAAUAUUUAACUUACAUUUAAUCAGGAAUUUUGAAAACUUAUGACAAAGAUGAUCCCAAGCAAAAUGUUAAUGUUUGCUGUUCUGUUCAUAUUUGUUCGAGUUGUCUGUACACAGGAGUGUUCAACAUGUCAGUGUUGUGCAGACGGCUAUCACCCAAAAUGUUCUAGUAAAGGCUACUGCAAUAACGGAUGUAUAAACGGGUAUUAUGGAGAAAAUUGUAACAACAAAUGUACUUCUCAGAAUUGCCUACAAUGUGAUCUACAUUAUGGUAAUUACUGUUUAAAAUGUAAAUCCGGAUACUAUUUGAACAACUAUAAUUGUUAUGACUGUGGACCACAAUGCCAAUCAUGCUCUUCAUACGGCUGCAACUCGUGUUAUGACGGCUAUUGGGGAAACACAUGUGAAACAAAAUGUGCGCAAAACUGUUCUUCGUGUAGAAAAUAUGAGGGUUAUUGUCUGUCCUGUGUUUUUGGAUACUACGUUUAUAAUCGCAAAUGUACCGCUUGUGGUUCACACUGUGCAGUAUGUGGCUCAGGGGGGUGUAUAUCGUGUCAUCGCGGAUACUGGGGUAGUACAUGUGAUAAAAACUGUGCGCAAAACUGUGCAUCUUGUAGAAAAUCGGAUGGUUAUUGUCUGUCUUGUGUUUCUGGAUACUACCUUUAUUAUCGCAAAUGCACCACUUGUGGUAAUCAUUGUGCAGAGUGUGGCUCAAGACGGUGUACAUCGUGUCAAGACGGAUACUGGGGAAGUACAUGUAAUGAAAACUGUGCGCAAAACUGUGAAUCGUGUAGUAAAUCGGAUGGUGAUUGUCUGUCGUGUUCUUCAGGAUAUUGGGGAAACACAUGUGAAAACCCCUGUGGUCAUCACUGUUUAGCAUGCGAUAAAAGGAACGGCAGAUGUUUAUCUUGUGAACAUGGAUAUUUGGGUCAUUCAUGCACCGAAUGUAGGAGGGACAUGUGCGUCAAUCAGUUUGAUUGCGACUUAUGCUCAAAUAUUUCUUUUUAUGCAAAUAGUGGUGUCUGCUGUUUAUGUAGCCUUGAUUAUUGUGUUUCCUGUUCGAAGGCUUUGGGUACUGUUAAUUGCAAAGUUUGCAAACAAGGAUACUAUCCUCAAAUUAAUGGGCAGUGUGAGCUUUGCAAUGCACAUUGUUUCAAAAAAGAGUGCGAUUCAGCGUCUGGAGUAUGUCUUCAAGGAUGCAUUAAUGGAUACUGGAAGCCAACAUGUGACAGAAAGUGUGAUUCAGAAUGCUUAUCUUGCAGUCAGGCAGAUGGAUCGUGUACACGAUGCAAGAACACUUCAAAAUAUGGACCUAACUGUAGAAGCGAAUGCAGCAACACCUGUAAGAACUCCAAGUGUGACAAUAAUGGGAAUUGUAUGAAUGGAUGCAUUCAAAAUGCGUUUGGAAAGCAAUGUGAAAACAAGUGUGAUGGUUCCUGUUUACCGAAGGACAACGGAACCAUUUGUUCUGAAAAAACUGGAAUGUGUUUAUACGGCUGCCAAACUGGAUACAAGGGAAGAGUAUGUCCACAAGUUAUUGAAACAGAGGCAGAAACACAAACAUCUUCAAGAGCAGUCUUUGUUGGGGGGUUUGGCGGAGGAGCUGCAGCUCUUGCUGCCAUUCUGGUGGUUGGACUGAUUUUGCUUCGAAGAAGGAAAGUCAAUUUGAGAAAUCAAAGACAAACACCUGAAACAGAACCUGAGAACUUAUCCGCAUUGAACGAAACGGUGAAAAAAGCAAGACCCUCCCAAGCAGAUUAUGCCAAUGAUGAUACCGACAAUCUUCACUCUGUCACCAUCAUAGAGAACACCAAUUACCUGAGGUCAAUACAACAGAGCCCUGUGAAUGAAAACAUGCCUAUUUUGACGGAGGACAAUCGUGAAAUUGAUAACGAAGAUUUUUGUGCACGGGAAUUCACAAACAUGUUUGAGGAAGAUGGAGGCGUUUAUUACAACAACGCAAGAGAAAUCAGCAAAUUCAAACUGACUGUGGCCGAUUUACCUGAAUAUGUACAAAACCUAUCGGUAAAGGAUCUCGAAGAAGAGUUUCAGAAAGUACCGUACGGUCUCCUGAAAUCUUAUGAAGUUUCACAAACGAAGUUUAACAUGCACAGAAAUAGAUAUAAAGGAAUAUAUCCGUAUGAUGAUACGCGUGUGAUAGUACGUGGAGGAGAAACAGACUAUAUCAAUGCAAGCUAUAUAGAUGGUUUCAGGAAACGAAAUGCAUACAUAGCUGCUUUAGGACCCAUGGCUAAGCAGCUGGGCGAUUUCGGCCAAUUCUGGCGAAUGGUCUGGCAACAGAAAGUGGAGAAGAUUGUCAUGGUGACCAACUUGGUAGAGGGUGAGAAAACCAAAUGUGAGCAAUAUUGGCCGGGUCAUGGUCAAAGUAAAUUAUACGGCGAUACCGAAGUUGUUUGCAAGGUUGAAAAAUUAUACGCAGAUUUCAUUUGGAGACAGUUUACUCUUUCAAAGGAUAAACAUAAUUUCGAAGAAAGAAAUCUGCAUCACCUUCAGUUCACAGCGUGGCCGGACAAGGAUAUUCCUGAUAACGUCACAUCAAUUAUAGAGUUUAGACAAAAAGUAAACGCCUUGCCGAGAACAUUUCACGGACCAGUGAUAGUGCAUUGCAGUGCUGGCGUAGGAAGAACAGGAACCUACAUAGCUCUGGACAUUUUGACCAAAGAGGGUGAGACAGAAGGAGCUAUAGAUAUCCCGGGAUGUGUUCUCAACAUGAGACAGAACAGACCCAGCAUGAUUCAGACUUUGAGUCAAUACAAGUUUCUACACCAAGCUUUAGUCCAUUCAUUGACUCUUGAUUGCUCGUUCAUAAAAAGAGAAAACGUCCAUGAAUAUAUGAAUAUGAUGUCCAGCAAACAGGAGAUACAGAAUCAGUUUGAGAAAAUGCAGUUAAAUCAAGAGCAAAAGUCUGACCAAGAACUACAGGCAACGGAAAAUAAUCGGCUUCUGACAAAAAAGAACAGAAAACACGCAGACAUACCAGGUGAUUCCAACAGACCACGUCUUUAUCUGUUCUUGAAGCCAGGCGAAUCUGAUUACAUCAAUGCGAUAUACAUCAACAGUUUCAAAACAAAAAACCGCUUCUUGGUAGCACAAACACCUCUGCCUGAAACAGUUUCCGAUUUCAUUGCGCUUGCUGUUCAAGAAAACUGUUCCUGUAUUGUUAGUAUGGAGGCACAGGGGAUUGGCUUAUACGUUCCUGGUGACAAUCUAUCAAUGAAGAAAGGUGUGAUUUCAAUACUUUCCACCAGAGAUCAAAGUACAAGAUACUUUGUAAAAAGAAUGCUGCAUUUUGAACUCGACGGAAAGACCAAGGUGGUAAGAAUACCACAUUAUGAAUAUUUGGACUGGGAUAGAAGUCACAAUACUCCGAGGUCGGCAGUACACUUUGUUGCAUUCAUCAAAGAGGUUGAAGAAGCAUCCAAACCACCCACCAUGAACGGACCGAUACUUGUGCAUUGUAUGAACGGCGCUGGAAAGAGCGGCCUUUUAUGUGUUGUCUCGACAUUACUUGAAACACUGAGAGAAAUUAAUGAGGUCAGUGUGGUCAACACGGUAAUGAAAGUAAGAGCAAGACGACCGCUUUCCAUUCCAAAUAAGGAACAGUUUUACUUUUGCUACGAGUGUGUUCUUCAAUCCUUGAAUGCAACAGAUAACGAUGUGUAUUACAACACAAGUAGGGAUAUCCAGAGGGAAUGAAGAAGACGGCAGACCAAUUUGGAACACUGGCAAUCGGUGUGUUGCCCUUGGCACGAACACAUAAAAAUAUACAUUAUAGAUGUAAAUGGCAUGUUCAGUUACAUUUAUCAUUAUUUGCAGACACGGUGACACUUGCUGAUGUAACAUGAUUGCAGUCAUACACAAUCGCUAUCACAAACUUUUGCAAACGCUAGCAUUUCAUCUGUCAAUCAAAACAUUGUGUUGUAAAUAUCAUUGUAAAUAUUUCCAUAAUUACUACUUUUAUUAUUUGUACCAUGCUGUAAAAUGUUUUAUUUUAUCAGAACAAUAUCCUAUAGGGGAGUCUUAAUGUGCAAGCUAACCGUUCGAUAGGUAGCAUUUGAUAAGAUACAGCGAUAUUUCAAUAUGUGCACACCACUACCUGCACGGUAAGCUUGCCGAUCUACUAUAGAAAACAUGCUACACCGAACCCUCGUGAUUGAAAAUAUUCAUAACUGGAGCUAUUGGCGCGUUGUGAACAAUUUCAGUCAUGAAGUUGAUGUAGUGGAUGCUGUAAGAAUUGCUUUUAUGUUUUAUGAACGCAUUGUACAUUCACAUUAUCAUGUUUUUUCACUAUAUAUGUAAACGUGUACAAAAAAGUCAUAGCAAUUAAACUGUUGUUUUUUUUCAUUUUUAUAAUUAUAGCUGUAUUUAAACGAUCCUUUAAGUAUGAAUUAAAAUAUUUUGAUAUUUUUCUAAGAAAAGAAGAUUUGCACGUGAUAGAACAUUGUAUUGAUUAUUUUCAAUUGUGUAUUUCGGAUUUGCAUUACUGUUGUUUCACAGCAUAUAUAAUGUUUUUAUAUUAGUUAUGUUUUAAAUUUUAAAAUAAUUUUCUGAUGUUUUGUGUUUUCAAUCAUUGUGCACUAGCCGUAAACAUGAACUCCAAAUAACUUGUAUACAACUAUACAGUUAAUUUAUAAAUGACUGCAUUAUUUUUUACCAAAGGGCAUUUGUUAUAUUUGAAUUUGUUAUCUUAUUCGCCUGGUUUGUUUCUUGGUUAAUUAUAUUACGCGAAAUGUAGAAUAGUUAACAUGUUCAAUAAAACAAAAAUAUUACGCCUCACUCAAACUUAUUUGACAUACAUUUUACAGUGCAUUGAUGAUUUUUGAAAAACAACAACAACAGGAUUCUGGUCUACUGAUGUACGUAUGCCAUAUUGUAUUUAAUGAAUUGCAUUGAAUGUAUUGAAAUGUAUUGAUAGUGCUCCAUAUAGACCUAUUGCAAACAUAUAUAUGUUGUAUAUAUUCUAAUACCUAAUAAAAUAUAUUCUUCUCUGUGACUGGCUGGACCAAGGUCAUUUGUCUAUGACGUUAUAAAACACUAUCUAUCUGAGGUUCAAAGAUUAGCAUGUUAAGACAAACUUAAAACGAGAAAUAAAUAUGUUAAGAAUGUUCUUGAUAUAAAACAAGUAAGCCUUCACACCAUAAUAUUUAAAUUAUAAUUGGUUAUACAAUGAACAAACAUGUUAUUAGUAUUGUUAUUAUUGCAUUAAUAAACAAACAAUUAAUUA